GUGGCGGGGCGGGCAACAUGGCGGCCUCUAUCUCCCCGCUACGCUCCUCCUUCAGGAUUUGUAACGGUCUGUCCUUCCACCACUGCCGAGCAAAACUGCGUAUGCACAGAAAGUGCGAGAGCCAGAGAAGACAUCUCCAUGAGUCGGUCACCAGGCAUGCUGCAGUGGUGGUGUCAGGGACGGAGAUGGCCCGUCAGAUUCACAGAGAGAUCCAGAGGGAGGUGGAAGAGCUGGUCACUGGCGGCAACAUGAGACCCCACCUGGGUGUGGUGUUGGUUGGGGACGACCCGGCUAGCCACACCUACGUCCGGAACAAGACCAGAGCUGCUAGUAUACUGGGAAUCUCUAGUGACACGGUGCUGAAGCCAAGCUCUGUCUCUCAGGAUGAACUGCUGGAGCUGAUCGACAAGAUGAACAGAGACUGGAGGGUCUCAGGGCUGCUGGUGCAACUACCUCUACCAGGGCACAUCGAGGAGCGUGCCGUGUGUAACGCCAUAGCUCCGGAGAAGGACGUGGAUGGGUUCCAUAUCGUCAACAUAGGGAAGCUUUGUCUGGGCCAGAGAUCUAUGGUGCCUGCUACACCUGCUGCUGUAUGGGAGAUCAUCAGGAGAGCAGGUAUCGAGACAGUGGGGAAGAACGUGCCUGUGAUUGACAGGUCUGUGUGUGCAGGUAUCGAGACAGUGGAGAAGGACGUGCCUGUGAUUGACAGGUCUGUGUGUGCAGGUAUCGAGACAGUGAGGAAGAACGUGCCUGUGAUUGACAGGUCUGUGUGUGCAGGUAUCGAGACAGUGGGGAAGAACGUGCCUGUGAUUGACAGGUCUGUGUGUGCAGGUAUCGAGACAGUGGAGAAGGACGUGCCUGUGAUUGACAGGUCUGUGUGUGCAGGUAUCGAGACAGUGGGGAAGAACGUGCCUGUGAUUGACAGGUCUGUGUGUGCAGGUAUCGAGACAGUGGGGAAGAACGUGCUGGUUGCGGGACGCUCUAAGAAUGUAGGCUUGCCGAUCGCCAUGUUGCUCCACACAGACCGCAACCAUCAACGCUCUGGAGGUGAUGCCACGGUAACCAUCGCCCACAGGUGUACCCCCAGAGAGCAGCUGAAGGAACUGACCCGUCUGGCCGACAUCGUCAUCGCAGCCGCAGGUGUGCCUGGGCUGAUCACAGUAGACAUGGUCAAGGAGGGGGCAGCGGUCAUCGACGUGGGUAUUAACCGUGUCCAGGACCGGACCACAGGGAAACUACGGCUGGUGGGAGAUGUGGACUUUGAAGGUGUGAAGGAGAAGGCGGGGUUUAUCACCCCAGUUCCUGGAGGGGUGGGGCCUAUGACGGUCGCAAUGCUGAUGAAGAACACUGUUGCUGCUGCCAGAUACGCACUGACACACUGAAACACACACUGAAACACACUGAAACACACACUGAAACACACACUGAAACACACACUGAAACACACA